AUGAAGUUAGACCAAGUUGCAGAUGCGUUGAUAACACGACUUCGCAAAGGAUUUAACACAAGUGAACGGCAUUUGCAACGUAAGGUCUGGGACUUGCGCUCGAACAUAUCUAAUCGGUUCAAAGUUCAACGAGAACCGAAAAAUUACGCUUUCGUAUCCACUCAGUCGACCUUUCGUAGGUGA